CAUCGGUCCAAAGAUCGAGUAGCCUCCGCACCGCCUUGGCAUCCCCGCCGGAGAUUGGUUAUAGCAAACUAAAGACUGGAGUAGUUCGUGAAGCGAUUUUCUUCAGUAUUUUUGGUAUUAACCAUCUCGGGGCGACCUAUCCACCUGUAACCCUUUUUUUUUUAGUUAACACAUAAAUAAGCCAUAAACAGACAUGGCAAUCACAAGCAUGGACCCCGGACCUGGUGUAGCCGCUUUGCAAGCGUGGGGCGGACAGGCCAUGGCGUACGGCAGCAAUGAAACUGUCGUCGACAGAGUACCUCCAGACAUGCUGCACCUCAUCGACCCACACUGGUAUCAGUUCCCACCAAUGAACCCGCUAUGGCAUGGCUUACUCGGUUUCGUGAUCGCAGUUCUAGGCUUCAUCUCCAUUGCAGGCAACGGAAUGGUCGUAUACAUCUUCACAACCACAAAGACUCUCAAAACACCAUCGAACAUCCUCGUAGUGAACUUAGCGUUUUCCGACUUCCUUAUGAUGACAGUAAUGUCGCCUCCCAUGGUGGUAAAUUGUUUCUAUGAAACGUGGGUGUUUGGACCCUUGGCAUGCCAACUAUACGCUUGUGCGGGUUCAUUAUUCGGCUGUGGAUCCAUCUGGACGAUGACGAUGAUCGCUUUCGACCGCUACAAUGUAAUCGUAAAGGGCAUCGCCGCAAAGCCAAUGACAAUCAAUGGUGCAUUGCUACGAGUUAUGGCUAUCUGGGUCUUCUCAUUGGCAUGGACAGUAGCACCUAUGUUCGGAUGGGGCAGAUAUGUACCAGAGGGCAAUAUGACCGCAUGUGGAACCGACUACUUCGACAAAUCUUGGGCGAACCGCAGCUACAUCUUGAUCUACUCGAUUUUCGUCUACUACACGCCUCUCCUUCUCAUCAUCUAUUCUUACUUCUUCAUUGUUCAGGCUGUAGCAGCUCACGAGAAAGCGAUGAGGGAGCAGGCAAAAAAAAUGAAUGUGGCAUCUCUUAGGUCAUCGGACCAGGCGAACACGAGCGCUGAAUGCAAACUGGCUAAGGUGGCAUUAAUGACCAUCUCACUAUGGUUCAUGGCGUGGACACCUUACCUAGUCAUCAACUACGCCGGUAUCUUCGAGACCAUGACGAUCAGCCCCCUCGUGACCAUCUGGGGGUCUGUCUUCGCCAAGGCUAAUGCCGUCUACAAUCCUAUUGUAUACGGCAUAAGCCACCCGAAAUACCGCGCAGCGCUGUACGCGCGGUUCCCGGCGCUGGCGUGCCAGCCCGAGCCCGCGGCCGACACGGGCUCCGUGGCGUCGGCGGCCACGGCCACCGAAGAGAAGCCCUCGGCGUGAACGACCCCGCUCCACCUGCCGACGAUUCUGCCAACGCGAUCUUUAUUAUUUUUAUACGUGAAACAUUAUUGUACAAAGUUAAUAACUUGAGCACAGAACGCGAGCUGCCGAAGUAUUCAGGCCUUUGCCUUUAGCCUUUGUAGAUAUCAUCCUGCAUAUUUUCCGUUCGCGUUGUGUGCUUCGAGUUGAACGUUGCACACAUUUAUGCCUUUGUUUGUAAACAUUGGCCGGCGGCAUAAAAAAUACAAAAAAAGUGAAGGGAAUCAUGUCGCUAGGCCGCCCCAGAAACCAUGAGACUGCUCCCAUUAGUACCUAAUACGUAACGCAAUGAAAUCUAAAUGACGAAAAAGACGCUUUGUAUCUUGGACAAAUAAAGUUAACGACAGGCAAAGUGGUUUAUGACCACAUA